UCGAUUGGUUAAUGUGACAAACGUGAAACGCAAGCACGAGUCGCAGUUCACAGAUCUCGCGAAAUUGACCAUUCACGUUUGUCACAGUAAUCAAUCGACUAACGUAAUUGGUCAAUUUAUCGAGAUCUGCUACAGUUAGUGCGACACCCGUUUGCAGUACUUACUGCUAGGGAAUACCGUCCCUUUUACCCCUAGCUCCCCGCGUCUACGAAACGAUUCAGUGACCGCGACUGUACUUACUUGAGAGAUUUAUUUUCUCUGUUCUUCUGCGCAUAAAAUUAGUUACGGGUUAUCGCACGAUCACUUUUUUUUUAGGAAAAAACGAAAAAUUAUGAUGGCAAGCAAGGUUUGGAAGGUGAUCCAGCCUCAUGUUCCGAUGAUUAAAUUUCGCAAGGGUGGCAAGGCAGUUGCAAGCGCGACUGCCGCUCCAUCUGCACGACCUGGAUCAAACCAGAUGCAAGAAAAUACAAGUAGUGCAAGAGGCCUCGAAGUGAUUGUCUUACCAACGAUAGAAGAUAUUCAUCUACCGCCGCGAUAUCAAAGACGAUUGAUAGAUCAGAAAGAAAUCGAGUAUAUUAAUCGUGGUGGACCAGAGUGAUUUUUACAAACGUGAAUUCGGAGGACUUGCCAUCCGCAUCAUAAUUUUAUCAGAGUUUUCUCGAAGUGCGAAACAUUUACGAACGACAUAUCUACU